GAAUGAAAUCAGACAGCGGGGGCGCUCGUCGCCUGACUCCCGUUCAUUGUUUGCGGUGCACCGCCGCUGUAGUCUGCACCGCCAGGCGGAGAGAGCUGCUAGUUAGAGGAAAAUGGCGGACGGUGUGGAUCAUAUCGACAUCUACGCCGACGUCGAGGAGGAGUUCAACCAGGAAGCUGACUACCCGGUUCAUGAGCAAAUCGACCUGUAUGAUGAUGUAAUAUCUCCAUCAGCCAAUAAUGGUGAUGCUCCAGAAGACCGGGAUUACCUGGAUUCUCUGCCAGCCCCAGGUGGCACAGAGGGAGGGAAGAGUGCCCCGCCCAAUGUGGUAUACACCUACACAGGCAAAAGGAUCGCCCUGUACAUAGGAAACCUUACAUGGUGGACAACAGAUGAGGAUCUGACAGAAGCUAUCCGGGUGAUAGGCAUUACAGAUGUGCUGGAGAUCAAGUUCUUUGAAAACAGAGCCAAUGGCCAGUCAAAAGGGUUUGCUCUCGUGUGUGUUGGUUCAGAGGCAUCCUCCAGGAAGUUAAUGGAGCUGCUGUCAAAGAGGGAGCUCCAUGGUCAGAAUCCUAUUGUCACACCAUGCAACAAGCAGUCCCUCAGCCAGUUUGAAAUGCAGUCACGCAAAAGUACCCAGACAGGCCAGAUGUCUGGGGAAGGUAAAGCUGGUCCUCCUGGUUCUGGCCCCCGUGGCGGGUUCCCCAUGGGCAGCCGAGGGAGAGGCAGGUUCCCUGGACCACCUGUCCCUGGAGGAGACCGCUUUCCUGGUCCUGUUGGGCCUGGGGGUCCUCCACCACACCUUCCUGGCUCGGGCAUGAGACCAGAUCUGGUUAGGCACCAAGAUGGCCCUCUGAUGGAUAUGAGUUUCAAUCCCUUCCAGCCGGGGGGCAGGAACGGGAGCUGGCGUAGCAGAGGAGGCAUGCAGGGUCCACCGCGCCCCCCACCUGGUCCACCUGGUCCACCUGGCCCUCCAGGACCUCCACCUCCUGGCCAGGGUCUUCCACCUCCCCUGGCUGGGCCUCCAAAUCGUGGCGACAGGCCUCCUCCCCCUGUAAUCUUCCCUGGUCAGUUUGGCCAGCCACCAUUGGGACCCCUGCCUCCAGGCCCCCCUCCUCCAGGUUAUGGCCCUCCCCCUGGUCCCCCACCUCCUCAGCAGGGCCCACCCCCUCCAGGACCCUUCCCUCCUCGUCCUCCUGGACCUAUAGGCCCCCCUAUGGCUUUGGCUCCACCUCCACAUCUGCCAGGUCCCCCACCAGGUGGCCCACCACCAGCACCCCAUGUGAACCCUGCCUUCUUUCCUCCACCUGGCAAUAACAGCAUGCCCCCCAAUGACAGCCGAGGUCCCCCAGGACCAAAUGACCCAUACGGACGCCCUCCACCAUAUGAAAGAGAUUACGGUCCUGGAGGCCGGGACAUGGACACAUCACGGACCCCUCUAAGCGAGGCAGAGUUUGAGGAGAUCAUGAACAGGAACAGAGCCAUCUCCUCCAGUGCCAUAUCUAGGGCUGUAUCUGAUGCCAGUGCAGGUGAUUAUGGCAGUGCUAUAGAGACUUUGGUGACAGCUAUCAGUCUAAUUAAGCAGUCCAAAGUGUCCGCAGAUGACCGCUGCAAGGUCCUCAUCAGUUCUCUGCAGGACUGUCUCCAUGGCAUUGAGUCAAAGAGCUAUGGGUCUGCCUCAAGGCGAGAACGUUCCAGGGAACGUGACCACAGUCGCUCUCGAGAAAAGAGUCGGCGACACAAAUCUCGCAGCCGCGACAGGCAUGAGGACUAUUACAGAGAACGCAGUCGGGAGCGGGAUCGCCAUCGUGAGAGGGACCGGGACCGAGACAGGGAAAGAGAAAGGGAGAGGGAGUACCGGCACCGCUAGCCAUAAAGGAGCUUACGAGGAUCAAGGAUGGAUGGAAGGAAAAGGAGGAACUCUUUCAGUGUACCACUCCCUGCCCUCCGUGCAUGACCGGACAGGAACACAACUACCAUCUCUUCCUCCACCCCCCUCCAUUUCUCCUCUCCUAUCCUUCUCCACCCAUCCUUCUCUCUAUCUGUUGUCUGCCUGGUUUAAGAGCAGCGGAUGGAAGACCCUGACCUGUGUAAGGCUAUGUUAUCCAAACACCUAUACUCAUGGUAACUAAAGAUGAUAAAAAAAGAAUCUUUCCAAACAGCUCUUUUAUUUUUAUGAUGUUUUAUUUGACAUGAAGAGUAAGUGUGAUGCUUUUUUGCAACUUAUAAAAUAAAUGGCCUGCACGAUCCCCAAAUAGAAGACACAAACAUUACGCCCUCGUGGUUUUUUUUGUUUUUUGUUUUUCGUCCUUUGGUUCGCUGUAUUGUGUAUAUUCAGUUUAGAGAUUAGUUUUUAUAAGGAAUGUGUUCGAUGUUUUCUCCCCUACCCUCAUUCACAUUUAUUCUUUUCAUGGAUAGUAUGUUUGUAAAUGUCUCUGCUUUUUGAUUAAAACUCGAUGGUGUUGUAAUAAAAAAUGUUUACUGAGGUA